GAUUACGCUAUAUUCUCUACUAUGUUGGUCGGAGCGAGCGAAAGGGAGCACGGUGGGAGGAUAAGGAUGGAGUGGAUGCCGGGUAUCGAUCGGUCGGGCUGAAAACUACCCUUCGAGGAAGAGGCGCAGUGUGCAAAACCGACCACGUACGAGUCGGUGGUGCUCGUGGUGCUCGCGGUCCACGCGGAUCUCUACGCUCUCUCCAACUCCUUACACUUUUUCCCACUUGCGUGUGCCUCGCACGACCGCGAUUGUCGUUCGGUAUUCCCACAAUUCGGUGGGAUUACCGGUUGCGCUACGAGGCAACCGAUUGCCACCGAUUUUAACGAGGGUGCUAUAAGGACGUUUGCCGUUUCGAUCGCUAACUCUAGAGAUUACUACUCGUUGUUCCUGUCCGGAGCGUGCAAGCCAGAAGUGUCACCACCACAACCAACACCAUGGCGUUCGCGGGUUUGAAGAAACAGAUUAACAAAGCCAAUCAGUAUAUGACUGAGAAGAUGGGCGGAGCGGAAGGAACCAAGCUCGACGUCGACUUUAUGGAUAUGGAGAGGAAAACGGACGUCACGUACGAGCUGGUGGAGGAGUUACAAAUGAAAACGAAAGAGUUCCUUCAGCCGAAUCCCACAGCAAGAGCGAAGAUGGCCGCGGUCAAGGGCAUCAGCAAGCUCAGCGGUCAAGCGAAAGCCUCGACUUACCCCCAGCCAGAAGGUGUUCUCGGCGAUUGUAUGCUUACCUAUGGAAAGAAACUAGGGGAGGAUAGUAUUUUCGCUCAGGCUCUCAUUGAAAUGGGCGAGGCGAUGAAGCAGAUGGCGGACGUGAAAUAUUCGUUGGACGACAACAUUAAACAAAACUUCCUCGAGCCUCUGCACCAUUUGCAGACUAAAGACCUGAAAGAAGUGAUGCAUCACCGGAAAAAACUUCAGGGACGAAGGCUGGACUUCGAUUGCAAGAGAAGACGUCAAGCGAAAGCCGGAAAAAGAUCUAGCAGUCCUCAUUUUGGAAGUCCAGCGAAAAGUUCAUCACCGUACACUGACGACGAGAUUCGUCAAGCCGAGGAAAAAUUCGCCGAGAGUCUCCACCUAGCACAAUUGGGCAUGUUCAAUCUUUUGGAAAAUGACGUAGAACAAGUGGCACAGUUGGCAACAUUCAGUGAAGCUCUUCUGGAGUAUCAUCAACAGUGUACUGAAAUUCUGAGAACAUUAACAGAGACACUUUUAGAGAAAAAAGACGAAGCGGCGAAUAAACCAAAACUGGAAUUCGUACCGAAAACAUUGGCCGAUUUGCACGUCGAUGGAUUACCUACAUCGGAUGCUAUGAACGGUGGGAACUUCUCCCUCCAUGGGGCAAGUCGAGCCGGGUCUCCAAUUCAUGUGGAGGGGAAGCGCUCGCAGCUCGAGCUAUUUCCAGCAGGAAACCCGCCACAAUCUGCCAAUGGGCAAGAAACUUCUCCCUUACCAUCUCCAAGCAAAUCGCCAGCCAGGACUCCGAUGACAAGACAACCAUGUUGCACAGCUUUGUACGAUUUCGAAGCAGAAAAUCCUGGAGAGCUCGGCUUCAAAGAGAACGAUACGAUCACUCUGACCAGGAAGAUCGACGAAAAUUGGUUCGAGGGUACCUUGAACGGUCGUACGGGUUAUUUCCCAGUAACUUAUGUGCAAGUCGUAGUGCCAUUACCUUAAGGAGGCGCGCCGCGUCUCGUAACCAAAGACCCUGCAUUCGUUCACCAGCGUUUACCAUGAGAAUUAUUAUCUUAUUCUAUCGAAUAGCCUAAAAAUCUCUUUCAAGACUACUCUCUAUAUUGAAAUUACUUACGUUAAUGGUUCCCGCUUGUUCGAAACGGAUGGAUCUUCAUGUUUUACUCUCAUUUACUUGUUUUAUUUUAUUUUUUAUUUCUUCUCCCCCUCCCCCCUCCCCCUCUUAUAGUCCCCGAGGAUAGCUCUAUUAACGCAUGUUAAUGUACAUAUAUAUAAUGUUAUAGUGUCUUUUAUCGACGUAAGGACCUUCGCGCGCGCAGAUGCAUAUAUUAUAUAUAUAUAUAUAUAUAUAGGGUGUUCAAAUAUUCGCGAAACACUUUCAGAUAUUGAAGCGUCGAGAGCAAACGAGAAAGUUGAUGUGUAGAAAUGUCGGUUUGUCGAGUCGUUUGUUUACUUUGCGUUGUUGGAUAAUGAUAGAAAGAGACGGAGAUAUAGAACUCGUUUCAUAAUGCAUAAAUUAUAAAUGAAUAAACGAAUCGACAUUUUUAUGUGUGAAAUUUUCGCUCGUUUCUUUGGAUCUUUUUUCGAAAGUGCCCUACGAAUAUAUCAACAUCUUAAACAUUACACACGACUCACACUAUUGCGAUUAAGUAUGAAUACACGUAUACACGAGAGUUAUUAUUAUACAUGUACACACAUAUUAUAUAUACGUCGUAAAGUACCUACCGAUGGCAGUCCACCGUCAAGGGCGGCUCUUCUCUCAUUUUCUAUUUGUCAUCUCAUCAAUGUUGUGUCAUCUUUUCAAACGUUUUAUCCAUUAUUAUUAGUUUCCACACCGACUUGUUUGAUUGCACAAAAGACACGUCAGAGCGCCAAGACUGCAUUGAAAUUUUUCUGAAGGACGAAUUCCCAAGUAAAACUCUUUAACCUCAAGUGUUUUCCCAUUUAUUGAAACGAUAUCUAUUUCAAGUAAUCAUUACUUAUUCUAGUAGUAACGUAACGAUCGUUGCGCGUCUGUUUUUUUAUAGGCGACGACGAUCGAAUCGAGUUUUAAGAAAGUUUCCGUUUCUCAACUUUUCUCUUUUUUUUUUUACAUUCAUAAUCGUUCCUUUAUUUUUUUCAUUUUAUCACGUUUUACACUCAUGUUUUAGAAUUUGUUUUAGAAAUUGUUUUAGAAUUUUCGUUAAUUGCUCCUCGUGUUUUCAAGCGCACUGUUAUUGAUACGGAGAGAGAGAGAGGGAGAGAGAGGGAGAUAGAGCGCGUGAGAGGGAGAGAGAGGGAGAGAGAGAAAGAUUAUUCAUCGAAAAUCAUAUAUAUAUUAUACGUUUUGCGUUGGUCCGCACGGCGCAGCGAAAAAGAAACCAUGUAACUCGUAUUAUUAACGUAUCCGUACGUUGUAUAGCAAUUCGUUUCCAUUCCCUUGUCGACGUUUUUCUCGACGUUUAUCUCGUAUCGUUUUGUCGUUCUUUUUUGAAAUCAUUUUAGAAAGAGACCGAAUAGAAACUUAGGAUUUAGUUUAAAUGAUCUUCAAAAUGGCGGCGAACCUCUUCCACGAAGUCGUCGAUUAAUAACAAGACGAAUGAAUUCCCCAUUUUUUGUGUUUUCCAAAAUGAUCCAACGUAAUAUUUACAAUCGGUUAAUGAUCGAUUUAGAAAUUCCUUUAUUUAUUCCUAUCGUGAUAUUAUAGCCUUUCUUUUCUUUUCUUUUAAUUCUUUAAUUCUUAAUCGAACGAAAUUAUUAAGGAUAAAUUGAAAUCAUGAUAACAUGAAAUCUUCGAAUAGGAAAUAAAAAUCUUUAUCGUAGAAAUCCAAGUACUUAUUAAUUUAGAGAGAUUUUUCGUUCUAUUUCUAUCUUGGACUACUUUGUACGAGAGUUCAACCGCCAGAACAAUGAAAGUAAUUAAGGAAAUUGGUUAUUUGUUGCCACGUGGAUUUUAGGUAAAUCUUCAACAACAAAAUAUUUGCUAAGCAUAAUAUUAUAAUAAUGUUAGAGUAUAUUAACUUACUUAUAUAAAAUAUAUAUAUAUAUAUAUAUAUAUGUUGUCGAUGACGGCGACAACGGUGAUGACUACGACGAUGGCAUUAUUAUUAUUGAUACUCGCAUAUUUUUCCAUUUACUAUUACGGUAAAAAAAUAUUUACAUGAUGGAAAAACGUUCUUGGCCUUACCUUACAUUUUCAACCGUUCCAAGUUGGCAGUUUCGUGUAUAGUUGGUGUAUUUUAUGAAUUAAAAAUACGGCAUCCUUGGAACAACGUUGCAAUACGAAUGGGUUUUACGAUCAAUUGAAUUUAUACGAUUAAGUACACACACAUAUACACACACACACAGUAGCUCUAUCUAUCUCGUUAAGAAAGAUUAUUACGGAAUUAAUAAAAAAUCGAUAUUAUUGUGUAACGUAAAUUAAUUAUUAUUUACAAUUAUUAUUUACAAAAUCGAUAUUAUUGUGUAACGUAAAUUAAUUAUUAUUUACAAUUAUCGAUGUCUACGAUUAAUUGUUCCAGAAGUUAGGAAGCCUUUUCUAUUUUUGCUUAUAUAUUCCAGCUGAAAUAAAUAAACUCGUAAUAUUUUACUUUACGAGCGAAAUUAAGAACAAAAAAAAAAUACUCGAGGAAAACUUUCCGAGCCUCUAUCUUUAUCCUUCUCACUCUCUCUCUGAUCACUGACACACUGAGAAGGAGGGAUGAUGAGAAAGUUGCGUUGCGAUAUUUAAACAGGUUAGGCAUUCCCCCCCAUCGAUUAUGAUCUCAAGUAACGUACAAACUAACGAUAUAUUUUCUUUGUUAUUAAAGAUGCAAAAAAGAAAGAAAAAAAGAUGUGUAUUUAUCGAAUUGGAACGUUGUUCUUGGCGCCGUUUAAAAAAAAAUUGUCAAGAAUGAAACUUAGGAUUGAUUUGCCGCGAAAAUGAAAAUUCGUUGUCAAUCGGGGUGUUCGAUUGAUAAACCGUUACUGCUGCUACCGUCAUCAGCGUUCAGUCAUUGCGAAUACGAAACAGGAGAGAGAGAGAAAGAGCGAGAGCGAACGAACGAAUGAGCGAGCGAGAGAGAGAGAAAGUUUGAGGAGUUUAAAAAGAAGCAAGAAGAGAAGAAGAGAUACAUUGAUAUAAUUUUAUCUAUCGUAUAAUUCAUAAUUGUGAGAUGUGUGAAAACAUUUUCCUGACAAAAAAAAAAAAAAAUCGAAGUGUUAUCGAUGUUGUGCAAUAUUAAAAGUUUAACGUCACGCUGUUUAAAAGAAAACGUCAUGAUCGCUGGAUCAGUGUUUCUCAAAAGCACGAUCGAAUUAUAGAGGGGUUAUAAAUAGGUAUAAAUAGAAAUUUUUCCCACCCACUUGGUUUCCAACGAUGGUUGGCGCGUCUUCGAAAAAAAAGAAAAAAAGGGGAAAUUGUCAUUUGUCAUAUUUUUCUUCUUUCGAGCAAUUUUUCGGGGAACAAAAACUCUCGUUCUUUGUGAUUUUACGACUUGGGCGGAUCGACGCGAAGAAAGAACGUAAUAAUCGUAUAAGGGAUUAUAAUAUAGGUGCCAUACGAGAAGAUUGAUAUACUUCAUAGAUCGAAAAAAAGAAAAAAAAAAAGAAAAAAAAAUAAAACGUAACAAAAAAGCGACGAAAGAAAGAAGUAACUAACUAACGAUCAAUAUGAUUUUCGUAACUCUAUAUAUAUAUAUAUAUAUAUAUAUGUACAGGUUGUGAUAGCCUUAUGUUCUUUCGAGCGUUAACCGUUGCUAGGAAUUUCGUCAAUUAAUAAAAAUACGAAGAAUUAACGAGGCGUGAGUUUCAUCUUCCAAAGCAUUGUCGAGAAUCAUUCGAGAGAGGGUGUGCGAUACAGUCUGACAUAUAUAACCAGCCGGGGGAAAAUCGAAAGGGAAAAUCGCGUUUUUGGGAGUCCUGUAACUUGCGUCCACGUGAAAACGAUAGCAAUAUAAGUAUCCUUUUGGAACGAGAGACAUAUCAUCGAGAUUAUUUUUCUUGCAAUUUUGAGAAACACUGUACUGGUACGUACAAAGUAUGUUUAAAUAAGAAAGAGAGGAAGAAGAGGAAGAGAAAGAGGAAGAUGAAGAAGAAAGAGAAGGAAAGAGAAGAAGAAGAAGGAAAAAAAUCACGAGGGACCGAUUCUCGUGAUAUUUAUUGUUGCCCUCGCGGACCUGUAACAGCGACCUCUGUCAACUAUGUAAGAAUAUAAUAUGAUCGUGAAGGAAAACGAAAAAGAAGAACGAGACGAAACGAUCUACUACGAAUAACUUAAAGGGAAAAAAACAAAAAAAAAAAACAAAAAAGAAACAAAAAAAGAAAAAAAACAAAUCGGUAUCUUACUCUAUAAAUGUUGGCUAUUGUUAAAUGUUGAAUAUUGUUCUGCGGAGUGCUUGCCUCCAUUUCGAACGACGAAUCGAUAAAAGUUUACGAAUUUUCGACGAUUUCAAGGAUCUUUGAUUGAUGUUUUUACUUCGUUUUUUUUUUUUUAAAUAAUCGUUGGUGCCUUUCCUCUAUUUCUUUCCCCUUUUUUUUUUUUUCUCUUAAUUUUUACGAACGAACGAGCUUUCCACAUGUGUGUGUAUAUAUAUAUAUAUAUAUAUAUAUAUAUAUAUAUAUGUAUAUUUUAUAUAUAUAUAUAAAAUAAUAUUUCUCAUAGAAAUACGUUAUUUAUAUUGUAGAUAGAUUUACUUUUUACUGAACGUAUUUUUUGUAGUACAUAAUGAAAGAGAAAGAGGAGGAUUAAUGUACGCUGUGAGUACGCGAGCGCGCAGAGUCUCGUUCGAAGCGACAAGCUCUCCGCAUUUUAAUUGUAAUCUAACUAUUUUCGGGGGUUCUGACAGACGUCGAAUCUAUCGCUCCCCGCAAUCACUGAGCAUCCUUGGUCCGGAAAAAUAGAAUUACGAAUAGCUAUUCUUGUUCCACCCUCCCCCCUCCUCCUUCCCGACGUAUCGCUUAUUAUCUCUAUUAUUCUUCCAACUACACGAAGCACGCUAUUUUUCCCUUCCUUUCGUGUUUCUCGUAAUUCCUGCCCACUUAUAUUUUGUAAGCGUUAGAAUGUCCGGAAUCGAUCGAGAAACCCAAGAGGAAGCGAGGAUUAUAUUACUUUUUUCUCUCCCUAAUCAUUGCACUACGCUUGCACUACUCGUUUCUUUUUUUUUCAAUUUUUUUUUAUAUUUUUUUCUCUAUCUUCCCGAUCCCUUCCCUCCUCUUGAUUCCCCUUUGUUCUUCCCGUUGUUCUUGAAACGAAACGCGAAGGGACGACCAGUGGAUGCAACGCAGUGAUACUUUCAGACAAUACAAUUACAAUUAAUUACAUUACUUAUAUUAUGAUAAAUUAAUCUAUUAUUGAAACUCCGAUCGAAGAAGAAUAUACGAUAUGUACUCGAUAUUCGGUCAAUGCUAAAUAAUUAUUAUCACUAUAAUUAAGAAAUAAAGUGUGCUCUAUGUCAUGCUA